UUUCCUUUCAUCUCAUCUUCUCUUUGAUUUAUUGAAAUUUUCGUAAAAAUUUUGUUGAUUCUGGAACCCUAGACCUUCUGUACUUUGAUUUUUUUAUUUGAUUGAUUUUUGGAUGGCUUUGGUUCGUUCUGGUCUACUUAAUAUCUUCUAAGUCUGAGCGGAAUUUCGUCGUUUCUGGCCGCUUCUGAUGGAUGGAAUUGUUGUGAGUUGAUGUUUCCUCUCUUCCUUUCUGGUAAAUCAAAGCAAGUAUAUAGUAGCACUGAAGGUGAUUUUUAGGGAACAGAUGAAGAAGUACGGGAUUCAUCGUCAGUUAAUGAGAGAGAUGGAGAUCCAGACCAGUCUUCGGCACCCCAACAUCCUACGUCUCUACGGAUGGUUUCAUGAUGCCGAACGGAUUUUCAUGAUAUUGGAAUACGCUCACCGCGGUGAGCUUUAUAGGGAACUUAGGAAAAAUGGUCAUCUCAGCGAGAAGCAAGCGGCCACUUACAUGUUAAGCCUCACACAAGCAUUGGCAUACUGCCAUGAGAAGGAUGUAAUUCACAGGGACAUUAAGCCAGAAAAUUUGCUGCUUGAUCACGAGGGCCGGUUGAAAAUUGGAGAUUUUGGAUGGGCUGUACAGUCAAGAAGCAAGAGAUAUACCAUGUGUGGAACUCUGGAUUAUUUAGCCCCAGAAAUGGUGGAGAAUAAAGGUCAUGACUUUGCCAUAGAUAAUUGGACGAUGGGCAUCCUUUGCUAUGAAUUCCUUUAUGGAGUCCCUCCAUUUGAAGCUGAGAGUCAAAGUGACACGUUUCAAAGGAUAAGGAAGGUUGAAUUAAAUUUUCCUUCGACUCCUCGUAUUUCUACAGAAGCAAGGGAUCUAAUAGGCCGGCUAUUGGUGAAGGAUUCGUCUAAAAGACUUUCACUUCAGGAGAUAGAGGAGCAUCCAUGGAUAAUCAAGAAUGCAGAUCCAUCUGGUAUUUGCAAUACCAGGUAGAAACAUCACCUCCUCAUCACUUCACUUCUUAACUAAUUGCUCUUAAAUCACGCCUCCCUAUAUUAAAAAAAUAGAGUUUGAUUAAGAUCAGUGUGUAAUUUUCUAAUAUCAUAGUAUUCAUGAUUUAAUAGUAUUCAUGAUUUAACCGUAACGUUAAAAAAAUGAGUUGCUAAUUGCACUCCUCUUCGUACAAA